UCUCGUCUCUUUCUUUUUCCGGUCGCCGAAAUGGGUAUUGAUAUCAACCACAAGUACGAUCGCAAGGUUCGCAGAACCGAACCCAAAUCUCAGGAUGUUUACCUGCGUUUGCUCGUUAAGCUGUACCGCUUCCUGCAACGUCGCACGAACAAGAAGUUCAACCGCAUCAUCCUGAAGCGCUUGUUUAUGAGCAAAAUCAAUAGGCCACCACUAUCGCUGCAGCGCAUCGCUCGUUUCGCCAAGGCCGCCAACCAGCCAGAGUCGACCAUUGUUGUCGUUGGCACCGUCACCGACGAUGCCCGUCUCCUGGUCGUGCCCAAGUUGGCUGUCUGUGCCCUCCAUGUCACCCAGACGGCUCGCGAGCGCAUCCUUAAGGCUGGCGGUGAAGUGCUGACCUUCGAUCAGUUGGCUCUCCGUUCGCCCACCGGCAAGAACACCCUGUUGCUGCAAGGCAGACGCACUGCCCGUACCGCCUGCAAGCACUUCGGCAAGGCUCCUGGUGUGCCACACUCGCAUACUCGCCCAUAUGUGCGCUCCAAGGGACGCAAGUUUGAGCGUGCUCGUGGUCGUCGUUCCAGCUGCGGUUACAAGAAGUAAGCGGUGACCUCUUGUGGAACAAACACCUUAUAUAGACGUCACUUUUUCGGUUAAGAUCAUGGAAAUCGUUGCGCUCUUCGGGGCAAUAAAGAAUUUUUAUUCCAAAAA